GUAGCGGAUUGGCUUUCACGAACAAAGAAACAUUGCGACGUGUGGAAUCAGAAGUGUUUACGUUUAAUACUGUUGAAAAGAUUUUGGAAACAAGAACAACUUCUUCUAGUUUCGUUUUGUGUAAAAAAGAUCUUCCAACUCAUGAUGAAUGAAUCGCCUACAAGUUGUACCCAUGCCCUGACGAGGCUUCCACAUCAUCCUGCUCGUCGUGGCGUCGUGUGAAGCUGCCGUGUUGAUGUGUGAACACCCUGGUGUCAUCUAACCAGGUGUUACCACCUCCCACUUCUCAAUGUGCAGGACGCACAACAAAAAACCGGAUGAUGAUGAUGAUGAUCGCGUGAGAAUGUUGGCAACUAUUCCAGCAAAAUCACAACCGAACUUUCCACCUCUACGCGAGGAAGCAAGAGGGGGCCCUCGGCGGAAGAGCAAGAGGAAGUCUAGUGGUAGCGGCGACACAAAGCGGCCCCGUGAAGAGAACUACAAGCGACUUGCCGCGAGUACUACUUCAAGAGCCGCCCGGACUUCACCUCAACAAGAGAGGGCAAGAGUUAAAAGUUACAGAGAACAAGAAUUAUGCUCCGAUCACGAUAGGAAUUAUGUUUCUACUGGAGGCCCUGCCCCUGCAGCUCGAACUGCGGAGAAGAAAACUACUGCUUCUUCGAGUCGAGUUCACGUAGAAACAAAGACUUCAGCUUCCUCUUCUCGGAACAGAAGCGACGACUUCGCUUCACGACACGAUACGACGAGUGGUUGUACUAGAGAAGGGCUGUCACGAACGUUUUCUACCAGGACUACAACAACGCAAAGCAUCAAAACGACCAAGAGGUGGCAGGAUGAUCUUCUUGCUCCUCCUGUACAAGACGAACUACGUCGCAGAACGAGGGCCAAUGCAGGUACUGGUCGUGGUGUGCUAGAAGGUAGUAGUAAAACCACGACCUCCACAACGGGGCCAUCGGCAGCAGGAAAGUUGUUGCCUCGAAGUUGUACUAGUACUGCCACUGAUGACCCGAAGAAGAGCAAACCGAAAAGGGAUGUUGAGAAGAGACGACAGCAAUCUAAAAAUACUUCCGUCAGUUCGACGAGCAGUAGUUCUUCCAGUUCCUCUUCUACUUCCAGCUCUUCCUCUGUAGUUGAAAAAACCGCACGACGAAAAAGCAAAACGUGCAGUGAGAACUACAACAAAUACAAAUUGCCUUCAUCUCGACGCUCAGCAGAUGGGCGACGACAAGAGGACAAGAACACCACCAGAAGCAAAACAUCGAAGAGAAAUAAGAAGCGUAAAAGCUAUACAACCGACGAUGAUUGCAGGCGCUGGCCCGACACCUGUCGCAGCUCGCCUGUCGACGAUUAUUUUCCUCUGCAAAACAACAGUAGUACUAGUAGAGCUCGGAAGUCAAACGUACACCGAAGCAAAACGAGAGAGGCCGCUGCGAAAAAAUCCUCCAAGAAUUAUCGCAUCGACGACAGCUGCAUCAGUGUAAAUAAGCGCGACGAGGACGCACUGCAAAGACAAAAGAGAAGGCAAAAAAGAACGGUGGCUCCACCAAGAAUAUCUUCUAGGUCCAGCUCCUCAACUACAUCCGAUUCAUCGGACGAGCAGUCUAGUACCCCUCGCCGGAAUUAUCCCCCGCGGCGCAAGAAGGGGACAAGCUCGUCGCACUCGAAAUCGGCACGACGACGAACGGCCUCGGGAGGAACGGCGGCGCAGCAAGAAUGUAGGGACGCAGUAUUAGGUGUAGACGAGAACAAGAGGAUCACGACCACCACCACUACGUCUGGUAGUACUGCGAGAGGGAUGAGUAAAACACUACAUCACUCGAAGAUGAAAAACAGCCGAAAGAAGUACGACCAGUACAAUGCCAAGAACUGUGGUCGCACUGCGGAUGAAAGAACAGGAAGUACUGCGCCUGCCCAGCUCCAGGAUGAGCGACCAGUUGUCGCCAGAGAAUCCUUGCCAGAAGAACGACUUCCAAGUCCUUCAGCGGCAAACAGGAAUUCCGCACCAGCAGAAGUAGUCCGUCCCCCGAAGAUCCUAGUAGGAAAAGGGCCUAGUGCAGCUUCGUCGUCUUCCUUUCCAGAAAUUGAAAGCGAUAGUUUGAAAAAGUCGAACAGCACGACGGCAAGCGAGGCAGAAAAGAAAUCAUCGAUUGAACAACGAGAAGCACAGCCGCGGAGUACUAGAACUACAGCUACAACCUCUCGAAGUACUUCUAGUCGCGACUGUGUUGCCUCCGAUGUGAAACACGCCGGGGGGAGCAGCAGGACGAGAUCUUCGGAUUUGCACAGCGAUUCUGGUGAAGAUGAUGACUCAAGUACUACGUCAACCUCGGAAGAAGAAGCCGACCCUGAAAAUCGAAUUCAUGAUUUGUAUUGGGCGGUUUACAGCCAGGGCUGCGUUCGCGACUUGCUGCCGGUCCCCCGACAAACGACAAGGGCAAGAACUACUUGCUGCGCAAGAACCCACCUGCUGGAAUACCACAAAGCUUGUAGCUUAGUGGGACUGAGGCGACGGCGGGAGUUUCGCCGGACUUCCGGAGCGUGCAGCGACGGGGACGACGAGGAAAGACCACUACCUCUGAAGCCCAUUGCAGACCUGAAAAGAACAAGCGACUGCCGUUUCGCCACUGCCGCGCUGCGGAGUUCCUGCGUCACCGCUGUAAAAACAGACCGCCUUGGUCGUGUGCACCUCUACCGCGAGAACAACGACGCGUUCCUUCUGGCCCGAGUGCGUCAAUUUCUGCAACUACACCGGAAAGCCGUCCUGGCAGAUCCCUCCGGAGGUGACUACAUAGACCACGACCGGCCAGCGAAUAAAAAGCGCCCGGAGCUGGAGCUGGGGCGAAAGUGGACGCGCAUUCUGCCGUAUCAACUGUAAAAAUGUCUGGGUCUGGAAGAAUUCAUGUUUGUCCUGCUUGUCUGGCAUGACUCUUAAAUCUGUCAUGCACGUUACCCAAGAGCUCCGUUUUUCUGUGAUGCAGAAGGGCAGGUUGUCAUGCAGAAUAGGCAACACCUAGGAGCUCAGAAACUUGUCAUGCUGAGCCAGCAUUUGUAGCCUCAUCAUGAGACGCGGACGCCAGCCAGCAUCACAAGUUUCCAGACCCAGACAUUUUUACAUAUGAUAUGCCGGACGGGGGCUACAUGCCAGACUGCUGGCGGGAUUUCGACGCGUUACACAGGUCGCGCGACCGAUGUCUGUAUCAAAGGGAAAAAUGUCUGGGUCUGGAAGAAUGCAACUUGUAAUGCGUAUUUCAGAACACAGAAAAGUCUCUCAUGCAUGCGCAGCAAAAGCUGCCCACUUUCUGUCAGAAAAGUAGGGAACUUGUCAUGCGGAUUCGGCAUUGCGGAAGCUUCUCGAAACUUGUGAUGCUAGAGCUUCCAUGCCAGACCUUCUGUGUCAUGCAAAAACAGCAUGACUCUUCCACCCCCAGACAUUUUGACAUUUCAUAGUCUGCAGCUGGCGCGCCGCCCGUCGCGGCAGCAGCGGGACGCCCGCGAGGACUUUGCCCAGAUCAUAGAGAAAGUCGAGCUCGGAGAGGAGCUUAUCCCGUGUAAAAACGUCCCCACCGCAUAGUUGUCAUGCAAUUCUGCAUGCCAAAAAACUCUCUCAUGCGGAGACCUAUGAUACGCAUUUUGUAGAUCUUGUUUUGGAAUUUGUGAUGCUAUAAUCAGCAUGCUAUGCUAGAUCUGUGAUGCUUCUAAACUAGCUAAGCGGGACUAUACUACGAGCAAAAACUUGUCAUGCCAAACAACCAAAACUGGUUGAUUUGCCUAGCAGAUUUCCGAUCUUGAUUCUGGAGUGGGAACGUUUUUACACAGAAUAGAGCUGUGUGAGCCGGACCGACGGCGCUACCUCCUCUGGUACUUCGGCACGCAGAAACAGUUGCGACUCUGUAUAACCUGCUCAGCUGUUACAAUCUCAAACGUUACAACAGAAUCUGGAAUUUGUGUUGCGUGAUGAGUAUGACAGACUCGGACAGCAUUCCACUUUCUGCAAUACAAAUUUCGCCAGAUUGUUGUGCGGAUUGCGACUCCAGAACUUGUCAUGCGCAGUCCUAUGCGAGUUGGCUGGAUCAUGCAAUCUUGCAUCACAGAUUUCGAUAUUCCGUUGUAACGUUUGAGAUUGUAACACCUGAGCGGGUUAUACCCUCCGGCCGCUCGAAGGAGGCGGAGAAAGCCGCGCUGGAACUGCUGCCCCCCAUUCCCGCUGGAGGAGGCGCGAUUUCGUUAGAGGAGUGGAUAUGCUGUGCAAAAUGAAUAUGGGAUUGCCAGGAUUGAAAUCGACAAAGUUGAAAUAACUUGUAAUGCAUAAAAUCGAUACCAGUUGGAAGCCCAAUUUUCAAGCGGCGCAUGACAAAUUUCGGCGCCAGCUAGAUCCAGUUUGUCAUGCUGUUUAGGGACAGAAGGCGUCUUUUGUCAUGCUACAUUAGCAGCUCUGCCGUAGACCCCAAGCAGGCUGACAGUCGGCCUCACUUGCCGCCCCUGCAAGAGAGGCACUCCAUGCCUUGCAGUUUAUGCAUGAGAAAUUAUUUCAACUUUGACGAUUUCAAUCCUGACGCAUCCAUAAUGAAAUAUCGAUCGGGGAGUCUGGAUCAUGUGUAAUUAUGCGGGACGACUCGUGCGAGAGAGCACCAAGACCUGUAUUGUACAAGAUGGGGGUCGGCCGUUUGGCCGACCCUAUCUUGAUGGACAGCGGGCAGCUAGAAAAAACAGCCCCAAGAAGAGGGCGACUGGACUUCGAAGCAUAAACCCCAGCGGCCAUAUGCCCCCGAGGCCCCGCCAGGGCUUGUCCCCGAGGACAGCGCGAGCGGCUUUGCGAGCGCAGGCAAGCCCCCAAGGGCUUUGCUCCGCCUCCCCAAGGCCUAUGCCAGACUGCCUCCCUCGCGCAAUGCUUACGAUUUCUUUGCAUCGGCUAGCAGGCUCGGCCCACCAGGAUAUGGCGGUCGUAGGCCCUGCAAAGGCUCUGCGCCGCCUCGGCCACAAUGUGCGUGGCAGCCGCCUCAUUGGCCAGGCAGGAAGGAUCUGGCCGCGGCUAGCAGGCUUCCAUCCUUCGCCGAAAUAAAUGCAUCUAGCUGCGCCGCACAACCCCGGCCGCGAUCAGUGAGCUGGGUGGCAGGCAUCAGCUAGCCCGAUCGUAGGCUGCCCAUAAAUGAACUACCGGGAACCAGCUGCCCUGCUUGGUCUCCCUUGCCAAGGCCCGGCGCCGGCCUUGCUUGGAGCGCUCAAUCUGGCACCGCCCCGGCACGAAUGAAUCUGGCGCGCGCGCGCGCCCUUCCGCUAGGACGCCUGUUGGACGGGCCGGGCAUACCACAACAAACGGGCCUUGGCGCCGAAAGCCCGCCCGGGCCCGGGCGGCCGGCCCCUCGCUCAAGGGAAGCAGGCGCGCACGCAAACAACGAACUGCAGCCGCGGCCCCGAGCGAGGGCCAGGCCGGUGGGCCCGCGCAGGCAGUCAACAAACGCAAAGAGAAGCGCGCCACAUGUUGCGGCAGGGUGGGCCGAGGCGUCCUGGGCAGAGAACCGAGGCGGGCCCGCCCCUAUUACACCGCAAGCCGUCGUGCCCCGGCCCCCGGCCGGCAUCUUGUUUGGGUGCAGUCUGCCAGCCAGGCGAAACAGAGGCGGCCUCGCCGAUGGGUGCCAGAAACUUAAGCGGCCCAUAGGAACUCGCACAGCGAAAAUCUGCGUCACUUGCGCUCAACUCGGGCCGCGGCCACCUAUAUUCGUUCCAGCGCCCAGAGUCUGGAUCAUUUGUGAUGCGGGACGACCCGUGCGAGAGAGCACCAAGACCUGUAUUGUAUGCACGAGGGGAUUUGUAAUUAAGUAGGUUUUUUCAUUUCGUAUUGGAAAGCAUCUAGUUUUUUUUUUUGAGACUUAAAAUACUUUUAUAGCGGUUUUUCACAAAAUGGCGUUACAAUGAUCAAUAAUACAGUAUUUUUUAAACGGUAAAAAAGCCGUACUGUGAUGCGAUUUUUUAUUACCAAUGAAUAUACAAAAACAAAACGAAAUAAAUAGUGCAUCAAAAACUUGUCAUGUCCGUGUCCGUCGUACAACGGUUACUUCCGUCUGAGAGACCGAUUUCUCAUCAUGCCAGACGGAGCAAUACAAAUUUGAAUUUCUAGACCCAGAUCGACAUACAGAUUUGCAAUUUACACUUUGCUGCAUCUGUUUGGCAGGAGGAAGCGGAAAGGAAGCAGAAGGAGCUCGAACGAGAAACAGACUUUGACUGGCUCGAUGAACGAAACAGGGAGGCGGAGGUGGAAAAAUUUGAGGAAUUCAAGACGUGGCUGGAGGGCCUGGACCACCAGCGCGCCGUGCAGCUUGCGGAAGAGGAAAGGAUGAGGGAGGAGGCGGAGAGACAACGCAUGGCGGAGGUAUGGGAUUCUCAAACGUUACAUCCUCAGCUGUUGAUGAAUUUGCCAUGCAGAAUGGCCAUCAGUUACUGACAGUAUCUACAUGAUCAGGCUGCUUCGCAUGACAAGUUGUCAACGCGCUGCAUAGCAUUAGAAUCUGCGCCAAACCUGUAAUGCAAAAGGCGAAACCUUACCCCUUUCACUUUUGCCAUUCUUGGAUUACAAAUUUAUGUAACAGUUCUUGAGAGUGUAACGCUUGAGAACGCCAUAAGAGGAGGAUCAACUGUCGCGUGCGUACCGAACGUGGUUAAAAAGCCCUUCGGGACAGGGCCUGUCCGUCACGGCAGCCCCGUUCGCGCCCGAUGUACACGAGGAGGUUUUCAUCCGGCUGGGCGGGAUGCAGGCCGCGGCGUCUGGCGUGAUGACGCGGAACCCGGUCACGGGUAACAACCUGUUUGUCACCGAUCCUGCGGUUGCACUACUACGUGAUGACCCUUCGGAGAUGAAGCAGGGUGCUGUGGCGGAAGUCGCUGCCAGGGUUGGCUGGGGGUCUUGCUCGACAACAUCUACUUCACAAGACGACGAGUCCUACUGCGCAAAUACGACCUUUUCACAACUCAGCAAGGACAGUCAGCGCCAGCUCAUCCGCCAACGGGCGACUGCUCCCAGGACCUGGAAAAGACGGGGGCCACUGAUCUCGUGUAGCGAGCUGCAAACGAUCCGUGAGAAUGAACCGGAGAGCCAUGGCGUCCCCGGUGUCGUGCAGCCGAAACGGAAUGUUAAGACCAACGCGAAAACGGAAAAGCGUAGUGUGUCCUCGUCCCUCUCUUCUUCGCGUAUUUCUGCUUCGCCUUCCUCCAGCAGCGCAGCGUCGACCCUGACUAAUACGGAGACGGACACGCAUAUGAGAGUGCACGACCCGCCCUCCCCCUCAUUUGUCAUGCAAAACCCCAAAUCCCCGUGCUUUCCUGUGGCACUGUUGGCAUCAGAGAGUCCGGAAUCCCAAACAGUACUACACUAGGCGCAUGAACUUGUCAUGCACAUGCUCCACGUGUGGCGGUGUUUGUAUUGCUGUUCAUGCAACACAAAUGAGGGGGAGGGGGGGUUGUGCACUCUCAUAGCGCAGAGGCUUUGUCCACCGCGGCCAGCCUUGGAAGAUGCGGAGGACGCGCGCAGGGACGUCCAGCGCCGGCGCAACCUUGUCCGGAAUCCUGUGUGGAAAAAGUUGCGGCGGCUUGUGCACCCGCAGCUGCUACAGGCCGUGCGGAGGCGGCGCGGUGCGGAUUGUAACGACGAAUCAGUCACGGAAGCGACGGGAGCCGUAUCCUGAGGAAAAACGUCCCCGCCCGUUAGUGAAGAUGCAAACUCUGCUGGUGCACAAAUCAACAGGCUUUGCUUUUGGGCAUGACGUCAAAUUGUGGCUCGCAGUGUAGUAGUCUUGAGCUAGUGCAGCCGCAUUACAGAUCGAACAUAUCAUGCUGAUCCGAGCAUCACAAGUCGAAAUCCCAAAACACAACUAGAAAAUGCUUCUCAUGGGUCUCCGCGAUGGAAACAUUUUAUAGCAUGCAGAUUUGCAUUACAACUCUCGGGUGGGGACGACGUUUUUAUACAGGAUAAACCGCCUCGGAUAUUCUCUCCGAUCUCCCACCGGAGCCGAGCUCAGUGCUGGUUGAGGAGAGUUUGUUUUUGGAAGACCAGGAGGAGUUAUCGAGAACAGUGCUACUGCUGGAAGACGAGGAGAUGUGUGGUUCUAGCGAGGGCGCGACCAAGGCCUAUCAUCUAAACCACCACCACCGCGAGAAGCCCCGGACUAGCUCAAGAAGUUCCGGGCGCACUCCAACUUCUUCCACCGGCGCGACCGCCACGACCGGAAUCCCGACGGCGUCGAACAAUACAAAUACGCGGAGCUGCAGCUUCUCUAAUCCGGACACCCGAUCCAGAUCCUCCAACCCCCGUAGUCGAUCUUCGAAUAGCAGCAACAACCCAGUGCAGCCGCAACACGAAGAUCGAACACAAGAUGCACCGCCGAACCCUUCGCGGUCAACACAGCACGACCGAGGUCAACAGGUCGAGCGUGUUGCUUCAGAUCGCGCGAGCACAAUUCGGACAGUGAACUCCGAGAGCAAUUUUGCGACUGGCGCGGGGAUAUCAAAUGCAAAGAUGUCUGGGUCUGGAAGACUGCGAGAUCUGUCAUGCUUGCCUGGCAGGAAUCUGGACUUUGUGUUGCGUGGCCACGAACAGUGCCCUCUGCCUGUCAUACAUGCGGAAUGCGCAACACAACGCGACGAAAAAACCUGUCAUGCUUGGCGGUGCAUUACAGAGUGCUUAGUAUUCACUGACUUGCAUUAAUACAAGUUUCCAGACCACCCAGGCAUAUUUGCAAGGCAUAGGGGACCAGUUCCGAGCGGGAGAGCUUGACGGGGACAAGUAGAAGUGCGACUUUUGCUAGCACUUCUCCGGCAGCACGUAGUCAAGCGGCAGGUGGGCGAUCUACUUACACUGCUAGUCCAGUGCGACUAUAAGGUCGUGGCUAAGGAGUUUGACAUACGGUAGGCGGGAAGCAAGUGUAUCGGGACGAGAAGUUGCAUGGAUGGUUACUGUGUUGUUUGUUCUCAGACUCGAGUGAUAAACUAGCAAGAAAUGGGAGGUGUGCAGCUUCAAAUUCAAUCAACAUUCUGUCAACCUGUCUAUCACCUUCGAUGGUACUUUUCAUAUCCGGCCGUCUUCCAGACACAAUCUGUACUCUGGUUCUUCAUGCUACAUCAACGAUCAAAGUGAAAGUUCUGUCUCUGUGGCAAGACAAAGACGGAGCCGAAACAAAUUUAUACACGCAGAGUCUUGCUGUCUUCACAUUCACUACACCAAAGAG